CUCGAUAAACACAAGAAGUAGUUAACCAGAGAUCGGCCUGGAAAAUGGCGGCUGGAGGUGCUGCGGCAAGUAGCCACGGUAGCCGUGGCUCGGCUGCCGCGCUGGAAUCAUCUUUAGACCGUCGUUUUCAAGUAGUAACAAAUACUAUGGAGUCAAUACAAGGAUUAUCAACAUGGUGCAUCGAUAACAAGAAGUACCACAACAACAUCGUACGCGCCUGGUUGAAAUGGAUCAAGAAAUCUGAUUCCGCUCACCGGCUCAACCUCUUCUACCUGGCCAAUGAUGUCAUCCAGAACUGCAAGAGGAAGAAUGCCAUUGUGUACCGCACUUCCUUUACUGCAGUGCUGCCCGAUUCCAUGGAGUUCUUUAAUGCUCCGGACGAACCCAAGGUCCGCAGAGCGGUGGAGAGGACUCUGACCAUCUGGGAGGAGCGGAACAUUUACUCCGAGGAGUUCAUCGCCAAUCUCAGGGUUGGCCUCCAGGAGAAGGAACCCGAGGAACCAGCGUCUGCGACUCCUGUCCCCACCGCCACAGCUACCCCCAAAGUCAGCGCUGCACAGAAGUCCAAGAUAGUUGCGGAGUUUGUGCCCCAGUCUUUCGUUCAGAAGUUACAGAAGCACAGGUCAUCUGUGGACGAAGUAGACCUCCGAGAAAAACAGCUGGCAGCCAUGAGGGUGGAUGUGUGCAGCUCGGAGGCCCUGAAGAAGCUGAAAGACAAAGCAGGAGGUAAGAAGUUUGCCAAGGACUUUGAGGAGGGCAGUUCGAAGCUGCAGGAGUUUGUGUCCAUACUGGACGCCCAGGUGAAGAAAGGCCCUGUUUUAUUGGAGGCGCUGCAGAGUGCAGACAUCUUCUACGAGAUGCAGUACAAGGAGGUCAAGAUCGUGACCAAAGCUUAUGAAACUUUCGCCAACCGAGUGAAUCACCUGAAGCGGAAGCUGGAUGCCCUGAAGGCUUCCCUGCCCUCGCUCGACGACUCGCCAGUCCCGUCACCCUGCGCGGAUGCGCCGUCCCCCACCGGCUCAGAAUCUCCCUUCCACGGCCUCACUGCUCCUGACCCUGACCUGGACGGUGACGCUAUGGACCACGACCCCGAACCCCUCAUCCCCCUGGGAGAUGCCCCCAGCCCCCUGUCCUCGGCAGGGGGCUCCCCAAAACCCGAUGCUGCGGUGGGGCAGACGGACAACACAGAGGUGGAGGACAUGGAGCUUUCCGACAUGGAGGAGACAGAGGGUGGAGGCAUCAUAGUAGAGGAGCAGGUGGAAACGCCCAUCGUUCCUGUGGCGUCCAAUCCCGUUCCAGCACCCAUUACCACUCAACCAGCACUUACCAAUAAGGCUGCACCAGUAAUGCACGCCACCCCCCCUUCGGAGACUCCUCCCCCUGCUGCUGUUGCUCCUCCCCCUGCUGCUGCUGCUGCUGCUGCCAUCACAGUGACUCCAACAGUGCCGACAGUCCCAGCUAAUCUGGCCAACGUGGACCUUGGGAAGAUUAGUUCCAUUCUCAACUCCAUCAUGAAGAACACAGGAGUUAGCCCAGGUUCUCGGCCUUCCAGCGAGUCGCCGGUUGCUGCCACCAGUUCCCCGGCACCGCCUCAGAAGAACCCAGCACCACCUCCACAGAGCUCCAGCUCCCUGGCCAGCAUCCUCUCCAAAGUGGACACCAGCUCCAUCCUCAGCGCGCUCUCCAAAACUCAAGGACAGACUGGAGGACUGCAGGGUUUCUCCUCCAUUCUGAAUAACCAAUCGGUGAAGACCACAGCCAGCCCUCUUGCAAGCACGGAGUUGCCCAGGACUUCCUCUUUUCCGGCACCUUCUAACAACCCAAUCCCAACCUCCCUCAACACCCCUUCCCCCUUGGGACCAUUUCUAAUGGGGAACAGCUCCAACCGGCAAGAAACGAUUCCUUCCUCCUUCAUGCCUACACCAGGUUCUAGUAACAUGCAGACCAAGCCACUUCCAGAGAAGCAGGGGAUUAACGAACGCUCCUCUUCGACUGCUUUGUCCUCAAAUCUUGAAUCAAGGAUUCAUAGCUUCUUCCAGGGGAAUCAUGGCUUACGCGAUGGCUUGGGCUUCAACGCUGACCCUCUGGGGCAAAGGGGCAGCACUUUGCCCACUGCUCUUCCAGGACAGGUUGCAGCCAGCAACAGCCCGUCUUUGGGGCAAGAGAACUUGGAGGGGACCCCUGUAAGGGAUGAGUCUGGGGGCACUCCUACCCAAGAUGAAGUCUCGGAUGCCUCCUCGGGGAAUGUGCUGUCCAUGUUCCAGGGCGGGGUUCCUAAAACUGGUGUGAAUAAUCCGGCCUCAAAUCUGGGCUCCAGUCAAGCCCCUCCUGCAUAUGAUAAUGAGUUUUGGAGAAAUUCAAAUACCCAGUCGAAGUUGUACGGAACUCCAAAUGGUGCACCGUUCCGUCAGGGAGGCUACAAUGGGAUGGGCCAGGUCACUAGACCCUCCGGUUCUUCUGGUUCUGAACUUAAUCAGUACCCGACGCAGGUCCCAAACACAGUUUCUGGUGGCAAACUACAAUCUGAUAAUGAAGAGUCAAGACGUGACCCCAAGGGUGGUUGGUAUGGCCAGCCAUACGUGGACAAGUACAGUGACUCAAACAUGGCUGCCACGUCAUUGAAUUAUGGGGAGGGGCAACGAGAAAGUGAAGCCAUUCACCAGUCUACUUCGCACUCUGCCCCUGGCUUCUUCAACACGCCUUUGCCACCCAUUCCGCAACUCCCUCCCCCACCUAAGGAGCUCUUGUCAGGGCCUUCUUCCAGCAGCAGGCCGGGGCCUGGGCCUGGGCCUGUAGCAGAACCCUCUGAAGCAUCCAACCACCCUGACGAGUACCAUGACCCAUCUCACUUUGAGCCUGUUCGAGAGGACCUGCUUCUGCCAUACCCUGAGCCUUACCCUGAAGAGGAGAUGGGCCACCCAGGCGAACCCCCAUUCUCCCAUCCCCAACCAUACCCUCAUCCUCCCCAACAUCCUCCCCAUCCCCGGCCACUGGGACCUGGACUCGAUGGGGGCCCCAGACCCCCACUGCAUCAUCCCCACGGUCCCCCUCACCCACUUCCCCGUCGAGGUCUCUCCCCCCCUCCAGGCCCCAUGGGCGACUACUAUGAGACUCACAGCCCCCCACCCCCACAUCGGGGUUACUACGAAGACCGCAGCCCCUCUCCUCCGCCGUUUGAGGACCCCUACUACGACCGCUAUUAUGACCGCGAAGCGCGGAGUCCUUCCCCACCUCCGUACCCGCACAGACAACCCCUGUCUCCACGUGCCCUCUCCCAUCCCCCAGAGUUCGAUGUCUAUGACUAUGAACAUGACCUCCACCCCGCCGAGCACCGGCUUCCCCCACACCCCUUCCAUCCUCGUCCGCCGCAUCCGAUGCACCACAUGGCCCCCAUCCCUCAGAGGCCUCUGGGUCCAAGGCGGCCCAUGCCUCCAAGACCUCCCCACCAUCCUCACGACCCCUACCGUAUGCCCAUGAAACGGCCUCCGUUCGGGGGUCCUCCGAGAGGCGGCGGUCCGUUUUACCCUCCAAAGAGACCCUACUUGCCCCCGCGCUAUUGACUUUGCUGAAGGAGCACACGUGUUUGCACGUUGGUGGUCGGACGAUCACAGUCACGAUGAACUCGUGUCCUAGACGAUUUAGCUACUACAUGUCAUGCUGUCAGUAGCGACUGGAAAAGGAUCAGUUGUGUUGAGAAGCCUUGUUCCUUGUUCGCCUCCUUGAUCUUGCUCCGUCAGUUAGAGGGAUUUUGAAGCGGACCAUACAAAAAGACAGACACACAAGAGUAUGCCCAAGACUUACCUACAGAUGUGGAUUAUCCUGGUCACACACUGUUAGUCCCAAGCCAUCUGGAGGCGUUCAUCCAUGCUACAUAGAAGACAUGACCUUCUGAUGAAGAUGGGGAGUGAGCAAGUGAAGAUGAGGAUGAUGAAGGAUUUGAUGGCGGAGAUGGUGUGGAGGCUGAGACGACGAGGGCCCUCAAGCUAAAGAAAGAAGAUGAGAGGUGGUUAUUAUUUUCUGUUUGAUAUUCCUGUUGUUUUGUAUAAGUAUCUCACAGUCUAAAGCCCUUUCUCUACCGAGUGGGGCUUCUGUGCAUGGUUUCUCGACUGCAUGUAUUUUAAACCGUGAAAAUCUUUCAGGACCGUCUAGACUCACAACUUUAAAUCUGUGUACCCUGCAAAUAUCUAUUUAGAGCUAUUUGAGAUGGCUUUAUGCCAACCUCGCUUCAGUCGAUACAUACAUUUUAGUCAUGUAUGUGGACUGAAGAAGAAUGUUCAGUUUUUUCCAGCUCAAUUAUUAUUUUUGUGAAGAUAGUUCAGACAUUAAGAGUGACGGAAAGGUGUUUUGAAACUGAAUAAAUGUUUAAAAGAAAUAUUAAAGAAAAUGUUUAGAUGUAAAUAUAGCCGUCCAAUUGCCUCCCUGCAAUUGUUUUUUUGUUUUGUUAGUUAGUUAAUACCUUUGUGCGAAAUGCCAGCUAACCCUGGGAGCGGUAGCCUAUUUUUGCGCGAUUGAGAUGGGUUGGGAAGGGUGGAUUGAGGCAGGGAGGCGUAGAGCAGGUGCGAAGAAGACCAAGAAGACAUUUAAGCCCUGAUUCAACUGCACUGCUGGAGAGAACGGCGUCAGAAGAUUGUUGGCCGGAGUUUUGCUUUUUAUUUGCUCUGACUUUAAUAAAGACCUGCUUUUGGAACAAACCCCACACUGCCCUGCGCGGGUGCUGUCUGUCUCUGCUGUGGGUCACCUGUGCGCGUGUGUGUUUGUGUGUGUGGUUUGUCUCCUUAUUAUUA